UCUGUAGUGACAUGCACUAAAAACAGCCCCUUACAUGGUUAUGAAAGCGCCAGCCUAUAUAAGGUCAAUCUGACUCAUUCAUCGACACUACGAUCAAUGCAGCAUACAGGACUUGUCAGUGAUGCAAAGCGCCUAAAUUUUGAAACUCAGGGGCCGAUUGACUACAAGAUGGAUAUAUUUCCUAGUCUAUUGGUGAUAGUUACAUCAUUAGUGAGCAUGUGCGGAAGUCUUCAAGACAUUUCCCAGUAUAGGGGAUACAUCCAGACCUUCCAUAACGUGCUCCGGGCCCGUGAAGGAGCCGCAGACAUGCAGUUCAUGAGCUACGACCUGGGGCUGGAGAGGAGGGCCGCUUCCUGGGCCAACCGUUGUAUGUUCCGCCACCAGAUGGCAGGGUUCGGAGAAAACUUAGCAUUCGUGUCCAGCACUGGUCAAGCUGUGAAUGACCUAUACAGCAUCAACAACGCUAUCAGCAACUGGUACGCAGAGCGUCCACUUUGGCGUGGGGGUACCGGGCACUGUGGCUCCGCCUGUCAUUAUACACAGAUUGUAUGGUCCCGGACUUCACGUCUCGGAUGUGCUCUAAAUCACUGCUCCAUCUUAGGAGAUAGAAAUGGUCAAGUCUAUCAAAACGCCAAAUAUUUUGUUUGUUUCUAUUCACCAAUGGGGAACUGGGUAGGUGAGCCUGCCUUCUUGAGAGGUCCGCCCUGUUCGAGAUGUCCCGCCGGCAACACGUGCUUAAAUGGACUUUGUUUAGGACAAAGUAUUAAUCCUCGAGGACGAAGGAGUGUGGACAACUGCCAGUCAAUCAACGGUACAGAUACGUGUGCCUGA